AUGGGACGUUUCAAGACAUGGAGGCCAAACUCAAAUUGCUGCAAAUGGCAACUUGUGAGAUGUAACGCUCGUUCGCCUUCCAGAGAAGUCACAUACCUAAAUCUGAGCUCUAUUUCCAAAUAUGAUGGCUCAGUCUCAGUGAGUUUUAGAAUUCUAAAACCGAUUCUGCGUAUAAUUUCUCUUGUCACGCUUGAUAUCUCGUAUAAUUUCAUAGAAGGAGAGAUUCCUGGGGAUGCAUUUGUGAACUUGACCAGGUUGAUCUCUCUUGACAUGAGUUAUAAUCUCUUUAACAGCACUAUCCCUCCUAAAUUGUUCUCUUUGAAGACUCUUCGGUAUCUUAACUUAAGGUGGAGUGGUUUUGAAGGAGAGAUUCCUGGAGAUACGUUUGUGAACUUAACCAGCUUGAUCUCUCUUGACAUGAGUUCUAAUCUCUUUAACGGCUCUAUCCCUCCUAAAUUGUUCUCUUUGAAGAAUCUUCAGUAUCUCAACUUAAGCUGGAGUGGUUUUGAAGGAGAGAUUCCUGGAGAUACGUUUGUGAACUUAACCAGCUUGAUCUCUCUUGACAUGAGUUCUAAUCUCUUUAACGGCUCUAUCCCUCCUAAAUUGUUCUCUUUGAAGACUCUUCAGUAUCUUAACUUAGGGUGGAGUGGUUUUGAAGGACAGAUUCCUGGAGAUACGUUUGUGAACUUAACCAGCUUGAUCUCUCUUGACAUGAGUUCUAAUUUCUUUAACGGCUCUAUCUCUCCUAAAUUGUUCUCUUUGAAGAAUCUUCAGUAUCUUAACUUAAGCUUAAGUGGUUUAGAAGGAGAGAUUCCUGGAGAUGCGUUUGUGAACUUGACCAGCUUGAUCUCUCUCGACAUGAGUUACAAUGGUUUCCAAGGCUCUAUCCCUCCCAAAUUGUUGUUCUAUUUAAAGAAUCUUCAGUAUCUUAACUUAAGAUGGAGUGGUUUUGAAGGAGAGAUUCCUGGAGAUACAUUUGUGAACUUGCCAAGGUUGAUCUCUCUUGACAUGAGUUCUAAUUUCUUUAACGGCUCUAUCUCUCCUAAAUUGUUCUCUUUGAAGAAUCUUCAGUAUCUUUCAAUAUCUUACCUUAAGCUCGAUUGGUUUCGAAGGAGAGGUUCCUGGAGAUGCGUUUGUGAACUUGCCACGGUUGAUUUCUCUUGA